AUGCAAAAAACGCAUCUUCACACGGGCAGCCCGUGCGUGGGCCAAUUAUUUUUUAUUUUUCAGCGCAACGUUGUUGCGCCUGUUGUGGAUUUAUCUGGAAGAAGCCGUGCGGCAGCUUCAGCAACAACAGCAUCAAAUUCAGCAGCAGCAAAUACAAGCUCGACCUUUUUGCGACCUCAUAAAGCAAUACCGCUCGGCGAGGGGCCACCACUCUCCUUCAUUCCGAAGGCGUUAAAAGAAGACAAAGUGUUUCUUUUUGGUGAAAUUUUGGUGGAGGAUGAAUACAAUCCGACAGCUCCAUCCGAUUAUGCCAAGCAAAAGCAGAAGCUGGACGAGAGGAAAGCGAAAGAGAAAAUUGCCAGGGAAAUUGCCGAACGAUUAAACAGGGAGCAUCAAGAGGAAAUUGCAAAGCGCGAGGCCGGGGCAGCAGUCGCACCCCCCAAAAAUCUCAUGGAAGAAGACGAGAAAGUAGAUCCGUCGGCUGUAGCCGCUCCUGGAAGUUCAGAGAAUUCCGAAAUGCUACCGCCACCAGCAUUCAUUCCCUCGUUUGGCGCUGGCAAAGGACUUGGUGUCGCCGCUAAUAUCAUGUCGAAGUUUGGUUAUAAGGAAGGUGCAGGCCUUGGACGAUCAGGGCAAGGGAUGAGUACAGCGUUGAAAGUGGAGAGGCUGGGCAAGAAUUCAGGAGUUAUUGUGAACGAGCAUGAACUUAACGCCAAAGGCAUGCGAUUUUUGCUUUUAAAAUGUGUUACAGCCGAAGCAGCAGCAGCGGCAGCAGCUGCAUCAACCGGUCCAGCGCCAUCAUUUCUAGAAGUACCGGCUGCAAAUCCGCCACCAGCGCCUGCAGAGGACGUUACGGAAGCCUUGAAGCAUUCUUCUCGUAUACUGAUGUUGCGGAAUAUGGUUGGGCCUGAGGAAAUUGACGAUCAGUUAGAACCGGAGGUGAAAGAUGAGAUGAAGAAGUAUGGACAAGUCAAUAACGUAAUCAUCUACAGGGUACGUCUUGCCAGAUGCCGAUUUGGGCUCUUUCAUCGUUCGUUUUGA